AUGCCAACAAAUAGUUGUGUAAACUGUAUCCUUGGAUAUAAGAAGAAACAUUUCAUCCUGAGAUCACUGAUAAUUGUUUCAACACAAAGUCACCAUCAAAACAGAGGAAGUAAAUGCAUUGGAUAUAACAAAAAUGGGAUAAAUCACAGGUCGCUCUAUUAUCGAUGUUGUUGUUGUUGUCGUCAAAACACCUUCUCUGCUGAGCCCAUGAAACACUUCAGUGUUAUGAUGAUAUAA